AUGGAUGUGAGCAAACUUCUCAGCUACCAGCCCAACAGGGGCACAAAACGUCCUCAGGAUGAUGGAGAGGAAGAGCUGAGAAGGCCCAGGAAACAAGCUGGUCCUCGAGAACCUGGCCGCUUUCGGGAAGAGGACGUGGCGGUGGCAAAAGAAGCAGAUGAUCACCAGAAAAGGCUGCUUCAGAUUAUGGACAGACAGGGUGAGGAGAAUGGAGAAGAAGAGAAGGAGGCCCCACUGGAUGCAAGCUCAGUGAAGAAAAUGAUCCUCAUAUUUGAAAAAAGGUCCUACAAAAACCAGGUGCGGGUCAAGUUUCCAAACAACCCAGAGAAGUUUAUGGAAUCCGAGCUGGACCUAAAUGAUAUCAUUCAGGAGAUGAACAUGGUGGCCACCAAGCCGGACCUGUAUCACCUCCUCGUGGAGCUGAUUGCUGUCCAGUCUCUCCUCGGGCUGCUGGGACACGAUAAUACAGAUGUGUCCAUAGCUGUGGUGGAUCUGCUUCAGGAAUUAACAGAUCUGGACACCCUACAUGAGAGUGAAGAGGGAGCAGAAGUGCUCACCGGUGCUCUGGUGGCCGGACAAGUGGUGGCACUGCUGGUGCAGAACCUGGAGCGCCUGGAUGAGUCUGGGAGAGAGGAGGCACAGGGCGUGCACAACACUCUGGCUAUUGUGGAAAACAUGGCUGAGUUCAGGCCACGGAUGUGUGCGGAGGCCGCCCAGCAGGGUCUUCUGCAGGGGCUGUUGAAGAGGCUGAAGGCCAAGAUGCCUUUGGGUGCCAACAAGCAGUACUGUAGUGAAGUGCUGGCCAUAUUGUUGCAGGACAGCGAUGCCAACAGGGAAUUGCUUGGGGAGCUGGAUGGAAUCGAUGUGCUUCUGCAGCAGUUAUCCGUGAUCUAAAGAUACGAUCCUCGCACUGCGGAGGAGCAGGAGAUGUUGGAGAAUGUGUUUGACACACUCUGUUCCUGCCUGAUGCUCAGUUCCAAUCGUGAGCGCUUCCUCAAGGGCGAGGGUCUUCAGCUGAUGAAUCUCAUGUUCAGAGCAAAGAAGACUUCGAGGAGCAGCGGCCUGAAGGUGCUGGACCAUGCCAUGAUUGGGCCCGAGGGCUCACACAGUUGCCAUAAGUUUGUUGACAUUCUUGGCUUGCGAACCAUCUUUCCUCUCUUUAUGAAAUCUCCCAAGAAGAUCAAGAAAGUGGGAACCACCGAGAAGGAACAUGAAGAGCAUGUGUGUGCCAUCCUGGCUUCUUUCCUGCGGAACCUGAGAGAGCAAAGGCGAACCCGGCUGCUGAAUAAAUUCACUGAAAAUGACCUGGAGAAGGUGGACAGACUGAUGGAGCUGCAUUUUAAAUCCCUGGAUGCCAUGCAGGUGGCCGACAGGAAGAUUGAAGGGGAAAAGCAUGACAGGGUCCAGCGAGGGGAAAUCCUAGACCAGGACUCUGAAGAUGAGUUCUACCUGCGGCGCUUGGACGCAGGGCUCUUUGUCCUCCAGCACAUCUGCUACAUCAUGGCCGAGGUCUGCAAUGCCUGUGUCCCCCAGAUCCGGCAGAGGCUUCAGCAGAUCUUAAACGUGAGAGGAAGCUCCAUCCAACUGGUCAGGCACAUCCUCAAGGAGUACGCGGAGAACAUCGGGGAGGGCCGGGGACCGGACUUCCGGGAGAGCGAGCAGAAGUGCAUCCUGAGCCUGCGGGACAACUUCUAG